AAAAGAUCAGUAAAUUUGAGGCUGCUUGAUCUUCUUCUCUAAUUAGCAGCCUAUUUGCAAAUAAAAUUGUUGCUUUGUUUCAAUCAUAAAAACUAAACGCCAGAUUGCAGCUGUCAUGAUUCGCUGUAGGUGACAGGUUCGAACCCCUGGAGUUUGGAGGAAUCAAUCAUUGUCGUGAUAACAAUGGCUUCGUGCAAUUCAUUUCUAAACAGGCCAAAUUAACCGGAUAAUGGUAGCAUUAUACCUUUAUAUCAAUCUCUGGGUAUCGUAUAGAUCGCCAGCCACUCGAUUUCCUGUGGGCUUAUUGCAAUGGAGAAGGUUGUUGACGUAUACACAGUAAAUAUUUUCGAAUAAAAGGAUAAAAGGCUCUCUGUGAAGCCGCUCGCUUGGUGCCUAUUGACGCAAUGGCAACCAUGAGCGUGUGUGCAGUUGGCUUGGCUCCGUCUGCGUCGAAAUUGUACAGAUGUAAAGAGACAUCCAUUUGUGCACUUCGUUUUCACAAGCUUCGUUUUAGUGGUCUUCCCAUGUCAGAGGAUCGAGUCCUGCGGCAUUGCAGACUAUCUUGUUUUUCUGGAAAAGAGUCUAAUAGCAUGACAGCACCAAUUGUAGAGGAGGGCAUUGAGAGUGAUGUUCCAGUACCAAAAGUUGCAAUAGACCAGGACUCAGAUCCAAAUGCAACAGUGGUGGAGAUUACUUUUGGAGAUCGUUUGGGUACUCUUAUUGAUACAAUGGAGGCUCUCAGAGAUCUGGGUCUGAAUGUUGUCAAGGCAAAAGUAAACUUAGACUCUACUGGUAAACACAAUACAUUCUGCAUAACCCGAGCGGAUACAGGCCGAAAGGUUGAUGACCCAGAGCUAUUGGAAGCAAUACGGCUGACAAUAAUAAACAAUUUAUUGAAGUAUCAUCCGGAAUCUUCCAUAAAAUUGGCCAUGGGAGAGGCAUUUGGCAUCAUACCUCCAACGGAAAAGGUUGAUGUGGAUAUUGCUACGCACAUCUAUAUAUACGAUGACGGUCCCAAACGCAGCUUGCUAUACAUUGAAACAGCUGAUCGACCUGGUUUGCUGGUGGAGAUUGUAAAACAACUAUUAGAUAUAAGUAUAUCUGUUGAGUCUGGUGAAUUUGAUACAGAGGGAUUGCUGGCCAAAGCAAAGUUUCAUGUUAGCUACCGGGGUGCUGCCCUCAUUAAGCCUAUGCAGGAGGUUUUGGCUAAUAGCUUGAGAUAUUACAUAAGGAUACCUGCAACUCAGGAGAGCAGUUUUUAACACUUACUCAUUAAUGGCAGUAAAACAUUUUGAUGUUACUUGUUUGCUUCACAAACUGAAGUAAUUUCCCCGAGCCUGUGUGCAAUGAACAUUUUAAGCUUCAUAACUAUCCAUUGGUUUGUCAUGAUGCAUUAAAGCAUAGGCAUAUGAUUUGGAAGUGUACAGUAUAUUCUGUUCAAUCAAUCCAACCCUGGCAUUAUUCGCCUAUAUGUAGGAGAUAUGAUUUACACGUUCCAAUCCACUUGCAUAUGGGCAGCUGUUACUGAGUGUCCAUUGCAAAGUUUUAACAUCACAGAAUGACAAAUAAUCGAGCCAUUGCAGUUGAUUUAGCCUAAUAUUAGCAAAUUUUGGUGCAGAAUUGGCAGUGAGUUGCUAGUUUGAAUAUGUGCUUACAAUUAAAUAAACCAAUCUAUGACCUGCAUACUAUUGAUUUAUAUUA